AUGCUUGGCCAUCGCGUCCUCCCUCAGCUCAACCGCGCCAUUAGAACUCUAUCACGCUCCGCAUCUGGAACAGCUCAGAGUGGGACGUCCUCAAUCCCUCAAAAGGUUGAAUCCUCAACUCCAACCACCCAACAAGCUCCAAACUAUCCUUCAACAUGGACCACCAGUCAACGUCCCCGUCCUAUCGGUGGUGAAGGUCCACGAUUCGAGCAAACGGCGAUGGAGCUCCAGCCCAAUCCCUUGAGCGCCAUGGCCCUCAUUGCAGAAGAGCCUGUGCGACUUGUUCACGGUCGGAAAGCAGUUUGCGAUGGAGGAGGUGGGCCCUUGGGACAUCCCAAAAUUUAUAUCAACUUGGACCAACCGGGACCUCGAGCAUGCGGAUAUUGCGGCAUCCGGUUUGAGCAGGAUCCACAUCAUCAUCAUUGA